GCGGCUGAGAGUUUACUCCUACAACACACACCGGCCGAGGGGGGCUUCACAUUUUCCACAGACAUACACUAUCGGGUCUAUGAAGAAGGAUCCCUGUCAGCGGCAAGCCUGUGACAUCCAGGAGUGUCUACAGAAAGUAAUGUCUAGUAGUGAGAGACCAUUCAAUGAUGGCAAAACUCCAGGACCUGCUGGUGCACACCCAAAUGCAGCAAGGCCUUCAUUCCCACCCAACAAUAGAUACAGCCUGAAUCUGAAACCUCCAUCCAGCACACAAACUUCUUCAACCUACCAGGUUGCUCAGCCAAGGAAGAUUGGACGGGUAAAACUUUGGAUCUACCGCAAUCCUCUCACAUUUAACAUUCUUGCAAUCACCAUUGGUCUCGGUAUAUUCUUCAGCAGGCCAAUAUAUGAUAUAUUCAUCAGGGAACCCAAUCCAGGACCCAGACCAAAGGAAAGGAAGUUUGGAUAUUCAUUGUAAUUUGUAACAA